AUCUUGAGGUUAUGAAUAGUUGAAAUAGCGGGAAACGCGUUCGCCUACUCUCGGAGCCGAAGCUUCUGGAGUGAAAUUCAGCGAUCUCCAUCACACCCACAAUCAGCCCCAAAAAAUCUAACUGAAAUCCCCAAAAAAUUCUACUGAACCCCGGAGACCUGAUUUGACCCACCCUUCGACCCCCCAUUUUUCCCUCCGAAAUAAUCGAAUAAAUUGAGCCACGAGUGGGCAUCCGCGGAGUCGCCUCGGCCUGCAUUUUUUUCUAACCGAUAAAAAAAAAACAUUUAUUGGAAUCAGUGGUCAAGUAAAUAAUCACCGAGCCUUCUAUCACUCGGAUUAUGACCGAGAGAAGCUGGAGUGAUGACACGAUCAGUUGUUGGAGAACCUGAUCAGGAUAAUCAGUCGGACGUACCUGUGCAGAAGUGCUUCGUUCCAGGGGAGACCAGCAAAUUAGCUAAAAACAUGGAUUCAGCCAGCAAUGGCAUCACCACGAGGUAUGGUAGAGCUGUGAAGCUGGUACUCUCUGGGGAAGACCACAGGCCCCUGAAAAUAUCGAAGCCCCCAGUGACGGAAUCUCCAGUCUCUGUGAAGUCCGAGGAAUCUGACAAUGGGGCGACUCCAGAGACUGGGGAUAAGAAUAAAAUAAAAGAGGAAAAGCCUGAGGAAGAUGUGCAUGAAGUGAAGCAGGAGCCCCCGGUGGAGACACUGAAGCUUGAGGGACCAGAGCCCAAGGAGGAGAUGGCCAGCAGCUCUGUGAGUGACGAGACAACAGAAAAUGGCCGAUGGGCUGUUGGGCAAUUGGCAUGGGCGCAUGUUAGCAAUUAUCCUUACUGGCCCUGCAUAGUCAGCGAUGAUCCUGUCGAGGAUACCCAUUUGAAACAGAAACCGCGUGGCCAGAGGAUAAUGAAAAUGGUGCACGUGACGUACUUCGGUGACAACGGCCGUCAUAAUUGGGUCAACGAGAGUGCCCUGAUGGAGUUUAAGGGUUUGGAUGAUUUUAACGCCCUGGCAGCUGGCCUAUUGAAAGGCAGGAAGAAGACAACGAAAUUUAACUCAGGUUUCCUAGUAAAAACCGUGAUAAAAAACAAAUGGGACACAGCAGUGACAGAAGCGGAGGUGUUGCUUCCAUUGCCCAUGGAGGAGAGAUUCAGAGCAAUGAAUCCAAAACGAAAAAGAGGUCGGCCCCGCCUGUCAGAGGAUUCAGCGGCCAAGAGGCCAAGACUGGAGGUCUCCCAGUCCCAUAAGAGCCUGGAGGGUGACACAGAGAGGAUAAAAACAAGAAGGAAAUCCUUCGAGGAGAUCAAUCUCACCUCAGACACACCACCAACACCUCCAUCGAGCAUCAAAGACUCGAGUGAUGAGUCGUCAAUAGGAAAAAAACACAAGAGACAAAGGAGAACGACAGCAGAGAAAAACGAGGACUUCGAGAAUUACUACAACCUGAGCAAAGACAACAAGGAGUAUGUUCCAAGUGGUAGUGAGGAGUCCAUCAGGGAAUACCUACGAGGUGUGUGGGACUCCAUGACUCCCUACGCCCGCAGUAAAUACAAAAAACAUCCGAAUGAUCUCCACUCAAAGGAGAAAUCUUCCACCCCAGAGGGAGAUGCCGCAGAAGUGCCCUCCACUCGAAAAUCCAAGGGCUCCAAAGACCCCAAAGACUCUAAAGAAUCCAAGGACAAGCUAGACAUCUCCAUAGACUCAGUUAAACGUCCGAAGCAAACGAGUCUCUUCAAAGGUGUCAAGGCCGAGCGAGUCUGUCAAAUCUGCGAGAAAGCAGGAAAUCUCACUCGUUGCAAGGGCCCCUGCUACUCUUAUUUUCAUUUGAAGUGCGUAAAACCUGGUGAAUCAGAGUCAGAGUGUGAUGACGAGGACACGGACAGUGGAUCGACAGCUAGUGAAAAAAAAUCGAGGGACGAGGCCCUCGAGGAGGAGACAUUCAAGUGCAUCGAUUGUCUAUCUGGUGUGGCACCAGCUUGUUUCGUCUGCAACGAGAGGGAAGACGACAGAAUUAGAUGUGGUAUUGCAACAUGUGGCAAGUACUAUCACUCAAAAUGUCUGAAGGUAUGGCCUCAGUCUCACUGGCACGGUGGACGUCUAACGUGUCCAUAUCACAUGUGUCACACGUGUAUAUCUGACAAUCCCCAGAAUCAUCACCUGAGAAUUCCUCACGACAAGCUGGCAAGAUGCGUCAGAUGUCCAUCUGCUUAUCAUGCAUCAGCCCAGUGCCUCCCAGCUGGCUCCCAAAUUCUCACGAGCAUCCAGGUUGUCUGUCCCAAGCACUACGUGGCACCCCAUCCACCACUCAAUGCUGCCUGGUGUUUUCUCUGCACCAGGGGUGGCUCAUUGAUCUGCUGUGACACCUGCCCCACAUCAUUCCACCCAGAGUGCCUGGGAAUCGCUGCACCUGAUGGAGCUUUCAUCUGCGAGGACUGCGAAACAGGUAGACUGCCACUUUAUGGUGAAGUCGUCUGGGUGAAGCUGGGGAUGUAUCGUUGGUGGCCAUCACGAAUAUGCUAUCCCUACGAGGUCCCUUCCAACCUGACAGCAGUCGCCCACAGUCCUGGGGAAUUCUGUGUCAUGUUUCUUGGGACUAAGAACUACUACUGGGUCCAUCGGGGUCGGGUAUUUCUUUAUCAGGAGGGGGACACGUACGCGAGAAAUCGUAUUGGAACGAAAACAGUGGAUAAUGCGUAUAAACGCGCUGUUUUCGAGGCAAAUGAGCUCCACCAGGAGGUGAAGAACGAGAGGGCUGCUGCCAAGGAGGACGAGUCCAAGAGGUACCUCAAACCACCUCCCUAUGUCAAGCUCAGGGUGAAUAAACCAGUGGGUAACGUCAAGCCCAUGGAGGUGGAGAGCAUGGUUGCCUGUGAGUGCGAUCCCAACUGGGAGGAUCCCUGUGCUCCAGACAGUGAUUGUCUGAACAGAAUUCUCUCAAUCGAGUGCAAUCCGACGAUAUGUCCAGCUGGAUCAAAAUGCAAUAAUCAGUCAUUUGUGAGGAGAAAGUACCCAUUGAUGGAGCCAUUUCACACAACUGGCCGUGGCUGGGGUCUCAGGGCUCUGGAGGCUAUCAGAAAUGGACAAUUUAUUAUUGAGUAUGUGGGAGAAGUCAUUGACGAGGCUGAGUACAAACGAAGACUGCACAGGAAGAAGGAGAUGAGGAAUGAGAACUACUACUUCCUGACCAUCGAUAAUUUCAGGACCAUUGAUGCCGAGCCCAAGGGUAAUCUCAGCAGGUUUAUGAAUCACUCGUGUCAGCCCAACUGCGAGACCCAAAAGUGGACGGUCAAUGGGGACACCAGGAUCGGUUUGUUUGCUCUCAAGGAUAUUGAUAAAGGAGAGGAACUGACUUUUAAUUAUAAUUUAGCCACUGAAGGAGAGACGAAAAAACCCUGUUUAUGUGGUGCCUCCAAUUGCUCUGGGUACAUUGGGCUGAAGGCACAGAAGCCACAGCUCAGCGUUGUGCAGCAGACCAAGAUCGAAAAAGCUGAGAAGGUCAAACGCCAGAGGAAGACUUCCAAGAAGAUCCACAAGUGCUGGACUUGUGGAAAAGUUAUCUCCGGGGACAGCUUCAUCGAGUGUGGUAUGAAGUCCUGCUGCAAGAGGUAUCAUACGAAGUGUGUGAAGAGAGCGGACAGGGAGAGGGUCAGGUGUUCCUGGCAUCACUGCAGGGAGUGCGACAAGAGAACAUCGAUCAGAUGUUUGUUGUGCAGUGCAGCCUAUUGCCAGAGUCAUCUCGAGGGUAAGAUGGUGGAGAGGAAGGAUAAGAAUGGGUAUCUCUGUAAGGUCCAUGAAAAUUCCAUGGGGGAGGGCGAAGCAUCUCCUGAGGAUAGUGGCACUGUCACUCCUGAAGAUAGUAGAUCAACUCCUGAGGAUCGGGGAGAAAAUUCUGAAGGCAGUGUAGCGACUCCUGAAGAUAAUGGAGCAACUCCUGGAGACAGUGGGGCUGUCACACCUGAAGAGCCUUCUAAUGUACCUCGAGAAGAUCCUAGAAAGAAAGGUAGUCAGAAGAAAAAAAAUGGUGAGAAUAAAAUUGAGAGGAUAGAGCACGAUGCAGCACCUGCAGAUGUGCCUCGAGAUAAACCUGAGAUGGCGAAUGAUUCGAAGGGUGUGGGGAAGGAAAAAGGUGAUCUGGGAAAAGAGGGCAAGGUGAAGGUGCUCCAGGAUGUCGACCAGGGAGAUAUCAAAGAUGAGGAGGUCCAAGUGAUGGAGGUUGAUGCGGUCCAAGUCAAGGAAGUGGAGGAAAUUCAAGUCAUGGAGGUGGAGGAUGACUCGAAGGAUGAGGUUCUAUCGAUACCUGAGACGAAGUUCGACUCCGAUGAGGAAUUUGACGCAGCCUCAUUGUUAGCUGAUUCUGAUAGCUCAAUUAGGGAUGAGGAUGUCAUUCCACCCAGGGUUUCCAUCAUCCAGAUCGAUUUAAGUGAUGAAGAUGAUAUGAAACGAGAUGAAGAGAUCGAUAUUAAACCGGAGGAUGAAGACAUCGAUGGGAUGGAUCUUCAGGAUAUAAAAGAAGAGGACAUCGUGCCUGCUUCAGUGAAGAGAAGACAAACCCUGCGUAAUCACCAAACUCAUCGAAUAAUCAGUGGAGUGGUGCCAUCCUGAAUACACUGCCCUGAAAAUAAUUAAUAAGCUACUGAUAAUGUAAUUUUUCUGUCGAAAUCAUGAUGUACUGUUGAUAAUCAAUAAUUAUUUUUAAGGUUUCCCCAUAUUUUUUCCCGUUUUUUUAUGCCCAAAUAGAAAAUUGUUCUCGUUGAUGAUUUCGACACCGAUUUGAUGUACAUACUCUUAUUUAUAUGUUAUGAUUGCAUUCUAAGAUUUCAAUAUUCUAAGGUUUAUUGCAUAAUCUAGGCAUUUUCAAUUGAUGGAACUGUGAAACCUGCGGACAAAUCAGUCUCGAGGUGAUUAACUUUUUUUGUACCAAUUAGUAUUAUCGUAGCGGUUUUAGUCAGUUAAUGUGGUAGGUGAAACGAAAUCGAUUUUCAAUACACAAUUUUGGAGAAUAAAAGAAUUUUAUC